AUUAAAAUAACCUGAUUAACUCAAUGGCCUUCACAGGUAUCAUUGGAUAAAACAACAUCUUCUUCUUAACACCUAUCUUCAAUUGAUUUGUUUAAAGAUGAAAAUUGAUAUCCACAGUCAUAUUUUGCCUAAAGAAUGGCCUGACCUGAAAAAGAGAUAUGGCUACGGAGGAUGGGUGCAGCUCCAUCACGAUAGUAAGGGAGAAGCCAAAAUGAUGAAAGAUGGAAGACUCUUUCGAAUUGUCCAAGAAAACUGCUGGGAUCCAGUAGUUCGUAUUAGAGAAAUGGAUCAAACAGGAGUAACUGUCCAAGCUCUUUCUACAGUCCCUAUUAUGUUUAGCUACUGGGCCAAACCUCAUGAUACCUUAGACCUGUGCCAAAUUUUAAAUAACGACUUAGCUACAACUGUUGCAAAGUACCCAAAGAGGUUUGUUGGCUUGGGAACGUUGCCAAUGCAGGCUCCAGACCUGGCAGUGAAAGAGAUGCAUCGGUGUGUGAAGGAGCUGGGAUUUUCUGGAAUACAGAUUGGAUCCCACAUCAAUGAGUGGGACCUGAACUCCCAGGAGCUCUUCCCUGUCUAUGCUGCUGCAGAACAGCUGAACUGCUCCUUAUUUGUACACCCCUGGGACAUGCAGAUGGAUGGAAGAAUGGCCAAGUAUUGGCUUCCGUGGCUAGUGGGCAUGCCAGCAGAAACUACUAUAGCCAUUUGUUCCAUGAUUAUGGGAGGAGUGUUUAAGAAGUUUCCUAAACUUAAAGUGUGCUUUGCACAUGGAGGUGGUGCUUUUCCAUUCACAAUGGGUAGAAUAUCUCACGGAUUCAAUGUGCGCCCUGAUCUGUGUGCCCAAGACAACCCAAUUGACCCAAGGAAAUACCUUGGAUCUUUUUAUACGGAUUCCCUGGUUCAUGAUCCUCUGGCCCUGAAGCUGCUGACAGAAGUUAUAGGGAAGGAUAAAGUUCUUUUGGGGACUGAUUAUCCUUUUCCCCUGGGAGAUCUUGAAGGUGGAAAACUGAUAGAGUCUAUGGAGGAAUUUGAUGAUGAAACAAAGGAUAAACUCAAAGCUGGCAAUGCUUUGGCAUUUUUAGGUCUUGAGAAAAAACAAUUUGAAUGAUUGAAUUUACUACUGAGGAAAACUUUGGAGAAAAUCCUAUUUUCUCUGCUUCUAUAUGUAUCAGGUCUAUGUUGCUACAAAUUCUAUUGUGUACUCUAUUUCUAGAAAUAGAACAUAAAUUUAAAAAAUCAAUUAUUCAUGAUUAAAAUUAUCACUUUCUUCAUUUUUCCAUGAAGCAUUUCAUUCAAGAAAUGAAAGUCUGAGAAAUUAGUACAAUGUACCUGUUCCUCUCAAACCAUUCUAAUCUUAUGUGGCAGGAUAAUUAAACAUCUGGGGAAAGAUCCAAAAUGGUAAAUAGCCUUCCAGGUGACCUUCUUUUUAGGUACAUCUCUGUCUAUGGUAUCGUUGGGAAAUUGACACAUUCAAACAAAGAUAUCACAAGCUAUUUUACCAAGUUUGAAGACUAAUUCAAAAUAAAUUCAUUUGACAAAAUAAAAUAAUGAGAAAAUAAGGGAAUCAAAUCAGGGAUAAAAUAUUAUUGGCACCUAUUCCCAAAUAGCUAUUGUU